CUCCUCCUCGCAACAAUGGCGACGUUCCUCUCCUCCUCCUCUCUCCGCCGCCGCCACCUCCUCCUCCGCCUCAUCUCUACGACGACGAUGACGACGACGCCGACGCCGACGACAACGCUCUCCGCAUCCGCCGCGAAGUCCCGGCUCCGGCGCGAGUUCGACCCCGACCGCGCCAUCUCGAUCCUCUCCUCCGUGUCGGAGCCACCCUCCUCCCACCCCGCCUCCUCCCUCCACGCCCUCUCCCUCGCCGCGCGCCGCCUCUCCCGCUCCCGCCGCUUCGCCGACGCCGCCGCGCUCCUCGACGCGCGCCGCGACCCUGCCCUCAACCCCCUCGCCUCCUCCGAGCCCUACCUCGCCGCCCUCAUCUCCUCCUACGGCGCCGCCUCCCUCCCCGACCACGCCCUCGCCGCGUUCCGCGACGUCCCCCGCCUCACCUCCUCCCCCCACUCCCCCCUCUCCUUCAACGCCCUCCUCUCCGCCCUCGUCCGCUCCAAGCGCCAUCGCCGCGUCCCCGCCCUCUUCCGCGACCUCUCCGCCGAGCUCCGCAUCGUCCCCGACGCCGUCUCCUACGGCAUCCUCAUCAAGGCCCUCUGCCUCUCCGGCAAAACCCAAAAGGCCUUCGAAACCUUCCAGCAAAUGCGCGACGAGAAGAGCAUCGCGCCCACCGCCGUGAUCUACACCACGCUCAUCGAUUCUCUCUACAAGGAGGGCAAGGAUCGAGAAGCCGACGACCUGUGGAAGGAGAUGGCCUUGAGCAGCUGCGCCCCCGAUCGCACCGCCUACAAUGUGAGGGUCAUGCACCGUGCGCUCCAUGGGAGGCCGGAGGAGGUUUUGGAGCUCCUUAAAGAGAUGGAGAGUGUCGGAGCGAGGCCCGACACCAUCUCCUACAACUUCCUCAUGACCUGCUACUCCAAAAAUGGGCUUUUUGACGAGGCGAAGGAGCUCUACAAGCAUCUGGGGGAGAAGGGUUGUGUUCCUAAUGCGGCCACCUAUAAGACAUUGUUGGCAUAUUUGUGUCAAAAUGGGGAUUUCGAAGGAGGGUUAGGGGUGUUUAGAGACAGCUUGAGGAGGAAUAAAGUGCCGGACUUUAGAACGAUGAAGAUGCUCGUGGAGGGGCUGGCGAAGGAAGGGAAGGUUGAGGAGGCGAAGGGGGUGAUCAAGGUGGUGAAGGAGAAGUUUCCCGACGAUUUGGUCGGCGGGUGGAAGAAGCUGGAGAAGGAGCUUGGAUUGAGCUCCGAGGACGACGUAACUAAUCCGGAGGAAGAGACUGCAUAAAUCCUGUAAUUCGGAUCACUGCGCUUUUCCAUUGCAUGAUUCUCAGAGGAUUUGAAUUGGGGAUUAAGGCGCGAGUUGUUCCGACAGAUGCGAGGCGACAACUUUUGGUUUAAGAGGUAUGGAGACUAUGAAGCACUUAAAAGUAGCAUCUUUGAUGAUCAGUCACUUAUUUUUAGUCCGAAUUUACUGGAGAACCUAAAUAAAACUGAUGUUAUAUGUAUGUAUAUUGUACUCCUUGGUGGUCAGUAGAGAUGUUUCUAUCAUAGAUACUGUGGUUUUCGUACUUCUACGUCAUUCUUAUUUAAGGAUUCAAUCCUUUCUCCCCAUGAAAUUUCUAUAAUUGUAAUGGAAAGAUGUUCUGAUGUUCGCAAGGAGGAUUUUCUGGUCCUUCAAUUUAUCAAAUAUCAGCAUUACACAAA